GUUAGGUCACCGAGCUUCAGCCUCACCAGGCCAUAGCAGCGGAGGUCUGAAACCCCCCCGCAGUAACGACAUACUCUACGGUGUCCGGUCGAUCCUGCAGAUAAGCACGCCGAAAACCUACGAUCUAGAGUCAAAACGUCCUAUUCUAUGGCCACCUAGCACAUAUCCUAUUGCGAUUCCAGAACACACGAACUAAGAUCCUGCCCCAGUCCAAUACGCGCGCACGACUCGAAUCUCUCGGCGAUGGAACCUGCCAGCUUCACUCUUGGUGCCAUAGCGCUGAUCCCAGUUGCAUACAAGGCCUACAUCAAGUGCUCGGGAUUUUUGAAUGCAUUGCGUUUGGAUGAUGGCAUCUUUUCGACGUGGACGAUCGAUCUCUCCCUGCAGCAAGAGAUAUUUACGCGCGAGUGCCAGUUGUUUCUCUGCGGGAUCGUCAACCCAGAUAUUGCCGAGCAGAUGCUUGACGAUGAAAAGCAUCCGCAAUGGAACGAGCAGGAUUUCGUAGCGUGGUGUGCAUCGCAUAUGUCGAAACCCAGAGAAGCUGCGUUACGAGCGUGCUUGGAAGUUUUGGAGACGACCUCCAUCAAGUUGACGGCUGCAAAAGGGUUUAAAGGACCGGCAGCUGUUCUCAGUGGCUCACUGGAGCCAUCCACAGCGGUGCGGCUGGGAGCAGCAGAUUCUGGCUCAUCGGGCACCUCCUUUCAAAAAUAUGUGGACAAAGCUCGCAGGAUGAAGUGGUUGGAGGGUGGCCAAGCCGAGGUGGCCGAACUUCUUACCAAGCUCCGGGUGUACAACAAAACCCUACGGACACUAAGGAAGCAAGACAAAGAACUGAAAAAGAGACGGAGACACGGCAAAAAAGAUGCUACGAAUCAGCCGAUCGAGAUAUCCUCAGAAUGGCUGCCGCCCCCACUAGAAGAAAGAUCUACUAGUUGGGACGCGGUCCGUGACUGUGCGCGACGUCUCAAAGAAGGGUUAGCUUUUAUCCCGGAGUGUGCAUGCCAUAGUGUGGAUCUUCGACUGGAGGGGACAACAUAUCUCCAGAACACUGGAUCCCACGGCCGCGCAAACUUCAAACUGAUGAUUUCAUCAAAGAAUUCCGAGGGCUGCUCGGACGAAGCUCAGCCAGAGUACCUGUGUGUGCUGGUCGAGUCAGCUCCAUGCGCAAGGGAGGAUACGGAGGGGGCAACAUCGAUAUUGAAGCCUUCAAGCCAGAUGGCAUCGAAGCGGAAACUCUUGCCGCCGUGUGAUAGCAUACGAGUGCAACCUCUUCCUACGCCUCCUAAUGCUUCCCAAUGUGUAGGGCGAAGCAGAACGAUGGUCAUCACUUCAUCAUUAUCCUCUCGGCAGCAAACCGACACGAUUGUUAUCUCACCGUCGUCUUCGCAUUCGUCGUUUCAGCUGGCGUGUGAAGACAUUUCUCCCCUUGUGUCGCUCUGUACAGCCAAGAUUUACUUGCCAAUGCCGUCGACCCCGUCAUCAAGAUAUCUGGGAUUCCUUUCCACUCGGACCACUACCACGGAAACCCAUCGUCAUCUUCUUUACAAAGAAGCACUUCGAAAUGAGCCCUCACAGAGGCUGGCACUCUCGGAGCUCCUGUCGAAUAAUGGAAAUGUGCUGCACUUCGCGCGCUUGGAGCGGCUCCGUAUGGCAUCGAUGAUUUCGCUCGCCGUUCUGCAUUUCGGUUCUCUUCCUCUGUCUCCAUGGCUUGGGCACCGCUGGGCUAGUGACGACAUCUACGUUUUCCUUAACGGUCAAGGAAAGCCGGUGGUCUCCCGUCAAUGCGGCGAACCACCUUUGGCCGCGGGGACAUUCGCUCCACACGUCUCCGCACUGCGGCCUACCCAAAGCCGAUCCGAACGCCGCUCCCCCUGGCCACUCGCAAAGAACAGCCAGCUUUUCUCCUUGGCCUACGUGCUGACAGAGCUGGCUUACGGCAAGCCUUUCGCCGACAUUGAGAGUUCUCGAUCUGCAUCUCCACUGCCCACCAACAACAAUGAUGAUACCCCCGGGGACCGUAGUUACAUCAAGCAGUACAUCAAAUUACGCGAGAUUGUUGAAGACCGAUUGCACGACGAGGCCGGCCGGAAGUUUGCAUCCGCUGUCAGUGCCUGCUUCCAUGCUAAGCUCAGCAAGAGCCACGAUCUGACCGAUGAGGGAACCCGGGCGGAGUACUAUGAAAAGGUGGUCAAGAAGCUACAGGAGUGCGUAAAGGUUCUCGAGGAAGAUUAGUGUGAGCUAUGGAGGCCGGCGGUAGGGCGGUGAAUACUACGGUUGACAUAUAGGUUAGUUCCUGAGAGUUUAGGAGGGUGUUUUUUUUGCCAUGGCCACAUAUUGGACGUUUUUUUUUCCACAAUGAAGUUUUUCCGUUCAUCUACUCGUACACAUACCUAUGUUCAACUCUAGAUCCUGUCCGUCAGUGGUAUCUAGGUUCACGACUAC